GAAGUCGCUCCAACUGAUACUCUGCGUUGUGUCUUGUGACUGAGAUGGCUCUGGAUCAGAACUUGGAGAUAGCGAAGAAAGACGAUUUUCUUCAGCUGUUAGCAGAUGCUGGGAAGUUUACUGAGCUACAUACUGUUUCGAGCAGCUAUGAGCUAUCCACUAGGGACGGUGAACCAGAAACCGGAAAUAAUUAUAUGAGCAAGAGUUAUUGCGAAAGAUGGAAUGGAAGUCAAGAAAUACUACCCCGGCUAGUUGGAAGGUGAUGACAGAAGCUCCUAGCGCUCAGCCGCAAGCGUUUUCGCCGAUGAAGCAACAACUGUCUGUGGUGAUGAUGAAGAAUGGGAGAGGAGGAUUCCGACCGGUGAUAACAUCGCUGGAUCAAAUCCAGAGCAAUGUGGAAGAGAGCAUCAAAGGAGCAGAGGAGGCUUGCGCAGAGGAUCUGGCUAGCGGGGAGUGCUUGGCGGUGUAGGAUGAGGUGGAGAAGCUAAGCUCCGCUGUUAACCACACCCUAGACAAGCAGAAGGUAUACGACCUGUCGGACCUACGGCUCAAUUAAAGACCAAAUCUGGACAAUUCAUUUAGAAAAUCCAUAUCUAAGGAUGGAGAAUUAAAGACCAUUUUUAUUUUUCCUAACUUUCUUAAUCAACUCAUAUCUUUUUCGUUUUAACUCGGAUUUUAAUUUUUUUUGCACAGAUGGAAUGAGUUCAUUGCGCUCUACAAAAUGAGAUCAGUUUUCAAUAUUUUCUUAGAAAAAAAAUCCUAGCCUCUCGGUACCAACUGCAUACCAUAUGGUAUCUUCUUCGUUUUUAAUUCGUUUUUGAAAACGUUUGCAUAGAAGGGACGAGUUCAUCAUGAUCUAUUGGAUCUACAAAUUUCUGGGUGAACAAAUGACAGGACCAAAAAAAUACCACACAAUACCAUACAAUACCACCCUGGUACGAGGUGGUAUCUUGUGGUACACAAUGUUAAAAGUCGUAAAUGACAGUUAAUAUACUUAUACUAUCAUG